AUGGCUGUCAAAUAUUAUACAAAAGUCUUACUGUUCACCUGUUGUUUGGUCCUCAGUCAGGCUCUGCCCCGCUAUAGCUACAGUCGUCCAUUGAAUGGAGCCGGCAGUGCAUCCAGUUCCGCCUAUGCCCCAAGACCCCAACAGCCAAUGACAUUGACAGGGAACUACAAUCUGAUAAUGCCCGACUAUUAUGAUCAUCAUCCGGCUGCCUCAAUGCAGUUGCAGAACUUUGCCAAUUUCUAUGAUGCCCAAAUGAGUCCGGGCAAUGAUUUGGGCAUGGACGAGUCACGAUUCCUUGAGAGCAGCACUCCAGUUCGUGGACCACAGCCUCUUACAGCACACGAGCGAAAGGUACGACAAAAGUUGCCAGUUCUGGAUGUGGCCCAAGAGAAGAAGUCGUCACUCAAGCUGAAGAAAGGCAACACAAAGCCACGAGGCGCAGAUUACCAGCAAUGGGAUCAGUUCGAUUACGAUUUAUAUAGCGUCUAUCCGGGAGAGAGCAAAAAGUAUAAGAAUGAUGCAUAGAACGGCUACUUUUAUGGUUUGAGCGAUUUAUGAGUUUGUUUUUUUGUUUGUUA